AUGGAUAAAGCCAAUUCUUCCAUUGUGUCUGAAUUUGUGUUGCUGGGACUCUCUGAUUCUCAACAUCUCCAGCUUUUCUUCUCUCUUUUCUUCUCUGUGUUGUAUGUGGUCAUUGUUUUAGGAAAUCUUCUUGUUAUUAUCACGGUGACUUCUGAUAUCAGCCUGCACUCUCCCAUGUAUUUCCUGCUGGGAAACCUUUCCUUUGUUGAUAUUUGUCAGGCUUCUUUUGCUACACCUAAGAUGAUUGCAGAUUUUCUCAGUGAACCCAAAAUCAUAUCAUUCACUGGAUGCAUAGCCCAAAUUUUCUUUAUUCAUCUGUUUACUGGAGGAGAGAUGGUGCUACUUGUCUCUAUGGCCUAUGACAGAUAUGUAGCCAUAUGUAAACCUCUAUACUAUGUGAAUAUCAUGAACCGAAGGACAUGUAUGUCCUUAAUAAUAAUGUCUUGGGCUGUGGGUUUGGUACACACAUUAAGCCAGCUAUCAUUUACUGUAACUCUACCAUUUUGUGGACCCAAUGUAGUAGAUAGCUUUUUUUGUGACCUUCCCCUAGUGGCCAAACUUGCCUGCAUGGACACUUACAACAUUGAAAUAUUAAUUGUUGUCAACAGUGGAAUUCUUUCCUUAAGCACUUUCUUUGCAUUGGUGAGUUCUUACAUCAUUAUUCUCAUCACAGUCUGGUUCAAGUCUUCGGCUGCAAUGGCAAAGGCAUUUUCUACACUGGCUGCUCACAUCAUGGUGGUAACAUUAUUCUUUGGCCCUUGCAUCUUCAUUUAUGUAUGGCCCUUUACCACCUACCCUGUGGAUAAAGUGCUUGCCAUAUUUUACACAGUUUUUACUCCCAUCCUAAAUCCCAUUAUUUACACACUAAGGAAUAGAGACAUGAAGACUGCCAUGAAGAAAAUUGCAGCCCAUUACCUGAGACCACUCAAAAAUUUUGAAAUGCCACUAGUAGGGAAUAAUUUCCUUUAUUAA